GUUACUCGGCUCUUUCCGUAAGUAGCAGCGAUUGCAGCCGAUUCCCCGCUCCGCGCUCGCGACUCUGGCACAUCACUCAUCUAGUGUUGUUUUGGUCUUGACCUAUCCUACUUACAAGCUCAUUUCUCUCAAACAAGAAAAUGGAAACCGCUAAUCAGAUUGUGUCACUUGGGACAUUCCAAUUGCUUAAAUUACCUUUGGGAUUUAUCCGCGUUCUGGAAUGGCUUUUUGCCAUCUUUGCAUUUGCAACAUGUGGAGGCUACUCUGGGCAACUGCGGGUUAGUGUGGACUGCAUCAACAAGUCCGACAGCAACCUCAGUAUUGGGAUCAACUUCGCUUACCCAUUCAGGUUGAACCGGGUGGAUUUUGACGUCCCGAUGUGUGAGGGAAGGAGGCAAGAGCGGCUUUACCUGAUUGGAGACUUUUCCUCCUCUGCCGAGUUCUUCGUCACCAUCGCUGUGUUUUCCUUUCUGUACUCCCUGAUGGCCACUGUGGUCUACAUCUUUUUCCAGAACAAGUACCGCGAAAACAACCGUGGACCUCUCAUUGACUUCAUAGUGACGGUGGUGUUCUCAUUCAUGUGGUUGGUGAGCUCAUCUGCCUGGGCAAAAGGUCUUUCAGAUGUAAAGGCGGCAACAGAUCCGGAUGAGGUGGUUCUGCUCAUGUCUGCAUGUAAGGUGCAGACCAACAAGUGCAGCUCAGUUUAUGGACCCAGAUGGUCUGGCCUGAAUACAUCUGUGGUAUUCGGUUAUUUAAACUUCGUGCUUUGGGCUGGAAACAUCUGGUUUGUGUUUAAAGAGACUGGAUGGCACAAGGGAGGUGCAGUAAGGUACCCUGCCUCAUCCUCAGAAAAACAAGCCACGGCCUUCAACCAACAGGUCUACAAUCAGGGAAGCUUUGAUCAAUCAGGAGGUGCUUUUACUGGAACAGGGGAUUUCGCCCAAUCAGAGUACAGCCAGGUGGGAAAUUAUGGUGGGCCCAUCUCCUACACCAAUCAGUAACAACCUCUGCCUCUUAGUAAUCCCUUAAUACAGGGCACCCAUGUCUUAGGGCAAAGUUCAACACUGAGCACAUGAGAAGAAGGAAAAGAUUAGUUUAAUAGAUAGAUCAAUAAGCAUCCUUUAUUCCUGAUUAUAUAAAUAAAUAAAGGCUUGUUUGUCCAGAAUAUUAAUAUGUUUAUAAAACGAAUGACAGGGAUCUUCAUAUGUAUGGUCUUUUAAUUUAACUGCCUGUAAAUGUCACUGAAAUAUCACUGUUUACUGAACAAAAGUCAUUACAUCCAAAUGUGAAGAGCAAUGCAAUAGUUCUUGCAAAGAACACUGCAAAUCCAUUGGUUUUAAUGGAGACGGUGCUCCUGAAGGACGAGAAAUAAUGAAGAGUUUACAAAAGUGACAUAACAUCACUUAGACCAAACUUAUUAAGAGACACUCCAUAUGUAAUUUAAAUAGUGUUCCUGCUGGACCAUAUGUUUCCACAAGUUUAAAAUGAUUCCUAUUCAUCCGAGCUUUUUCAAGUGUGUAGGCAACCUUAGAAUCAACAUGAAUUGAUGUUUGCAACCUAAUUUACUUCCAGAAGGUGAAAUAUUUGACAUAAUGAAAUAAUGAAUAUGAAGUUGCUAAAAUAACAGCUAUUCAGUCACUGGCUAAACCCAUCCACUAUUGAUCAACACCGGAAAGUCGUUUCAGAGGCAGAACAAAUUAUAACAUUUUCAUCCAUUUUCAUCCAAGUUACUAAGACAAACCUUUUCAAACUAUUUUUUUAAAAUAACAUUUACAGAUUAAUCAUUCAUGAUAAGAGCAUAAUUGUGCAUUAAGAAAGUAAAUGAGGUCUGUUUUGAUUUCAUGUUGAUUUUUAAAGAAAUAGCUCAAGCAAAAACUCAUCCUCGGGCCAUCCAAGAUGUCGACGAGUUAGUUUUUUUAUCGGAACAGAUUUGGAGAAAUGUAGCAUUAUUUAGAAGUGAAUGGGUGCCGUCACAAUGAUAGUUCAAACAGCUUUUGUCACAGUAAUCAACAAGUAAUCCACACGACUCCAGUCAAUCAAUUAACGUCUUAUGAAAUGAAAAGGAAAAAUGACAAUGACAACAAGGGAUUGACUUUUCAGGUGUUAUUAUGGAUUAUGGACUGGUAUUUUGACCAGAAUCAAUGCUUUAAAGUUAAAACAGCUCAUUGAUGGAUUUCUAACUUACACAUUGUUUACACAUAGCUUUUCGCUUUCCAAGAUAUUAAUUAAUGGACUUGAGUUGUGUGUAUCACUUGUGGAUUAUUGUGAUAUUUUUAUCAGCUGUUUGUCGGCUGACGGCACCCAUUCAUAUACAUUGGUGAUUAAGUGAUGUAAUGCAAAAUUUCUUCAAAUCUUUUCUGAUCAAGAAACAGAUGCAUCUACAUCUUAGAUUGCCUGAGGGUAAGUUUUCAGAAAUGUUUCAUUUUUGGGUGACCUGUUCCUUUAAGUGUACCUGUCCUAAUGGUAUGACGCAGGUGUUUGUAAUUGACAUUAUAUAACAGAUUUCUGUUUUCAUUUGUCAGUAUAGAUGUUAAGUUACUGUUUGUCUGGUUUCCCCAUGUCAUGCUAGUGCUCGUUGGCUUGGUGUUUGCACUACUGUGUUUCCACAUUUAUAUGGCUCUUUAAUGUUUGCACUGUAUUGAUGAACUGCAUGAAGUUGUGCCAUAUUAACCUGGUUUAAGUUUGUAUAUAAUUUCUAUCCUCACUAACAACAGGGUCAUACCAUCUGUUCUGUGACCUUUAUUAUGAUCACAAGGUGAUUGAAAUACAAUCAACACUUAAUUAUCUUACAUUUUUAUGUGUUUUCUUCUUCCUCAACUGGUCUUUUUAAAUGCAUGAGGCUUUAUUAACCACAAAGGCUAUAGAGCAAAACAAACAAACAAAAAAAUGUCAAUACGUUAAUGUUCUGAUUGCUGUUGCAUUUUAAUGUGAAUGGGUUUCUGUCUUGAUAUACAGUAAUUGCAUUUUCAAUCAGUGGGUGUGAAUGCUUUGAUGCACUUUGUGCAAGGCAAUAAAGAUAUUGUACAUUCCUCUAGA